AUGGACUUCCACGAGUUGCAGGAGUUGCACGUCCUGGGCCUCUCAGGGAACCUUUGCACUCUUUUGGUGCACAGGCAUCACUUGGAAGUCACUCUAGUGAGAAAGAGCUUGACAUCUGACGAAUGGCACCGAAUUGUUGAAGAAGACGCGCAGGCUUUUGAAACAGCACCUGCAUGGGUCAGGAUGGAAAAGCACAUUGAACUAGCCGCUGUGCAGCAGAAUGGUGUACUGCUUCAACAUGCCACACAUAGAGAUGAUGCUGAGAUUGUCUUGGCUGCUGUUCAUGACAGCGGCUUGGCUUUAGCAUAUGCUGCAAGCUCUUGCCAAGAUGAUUACCGGAUUGUUUUGGCAGCAGUUCAAGAGGCCGGUUCUGCUCUGGAAUUUGCAUCGAAAACUUGGCAAUCUGAUCCAGAGGUCGUUCUUGCAGCCGUCAGAAAGGACGCUGAAGCGCUGUGUUUUGCUUCUGAAAAUCUUCGGAAAGACGAGCGCUUUCUUCUAUCGGCCAUCCGCCGAAACAGUUUGGUGUUCAAAGUUGUUCCGCCAUACUUGCAGCAAAGCCGUUCGUUCGUAUUCGAAGCAGUUGAGCAGAAUGGAGACACUCUCGCGCAUCUAUCUGCGGAAUUCCAAGGUGAUCGUGAUAUUGUGGCCGCCGCUGUCACGCAGAACGGGUUGGCCUUGCAAUAUGCUCCGAGGUGGCUUCGUUCUGAUCGAGACUUGGUACUUCAGGCUGUCAGCGAAAACGAUGCAGCUCUGCAACAUGCAGACGAUCAUCUUCGCGAAGACAAGAAAAUUAUUUUAAGCUCCAUCAAACCCCAUGGUGUUGUGCUUGGACUUCAGUAUGUUUCGCCACAUUUGCUCACGGACAGAGCCUUAAUGCUGGACGUAGUGCAAUGUAACGCCAGCGCUUUGCUUCAUUCCCCAGCUGACGUCUUGCACAAUGAGCGAGACUUUGUGAUAGCAGCAGCCUCACGAAAUGGCGGGAUUCUGAUGCACGCAAGCGCAGAUUUGCAGGGAGAUCGUGAAGUUGCCCUUGAAGCCAUCAAGCAGCAAAGUUCUGCUUUUUCAAGCGCUUCAAGCAGGCUCCAAAACGACCGCCAAUUUGUUUUUGAGGCAGUCAGCGUCAACGGACUUGUACUUGAGUAUUUGAACGAGACAUUCAGUGAUGAAGUUGCCAUCGUGAGACGAGCUGUGGAUCAGAACUGGAAGGCUAUUAGAUUUGCUGGUGGCAAAUUCCGCAAGAACAGGGAAAUCAUGCUCUUGGCAGUGCAGCAAAAUGGACUUGCGUUACGCUUUGCCGCCAAAGAUAUCCUAGCAGACAAGGAAGUUUGCCUGACGGCGAUAGCACGCGACUGGAGAGCCUUGCAAUUUGUCACAUCACAGUUGCACCAUGAUCUUGAGAUUGUCAACGCCGCAGUCAGACAAGACCGCAAAGCUCUUCAAAUGGUCCCGGCUAUCUUGCUUGCUCAGAUUGAGGACACUGCCCAUGAUCAAAGUAGUCUUGAAGCGUCCAACGACACGGCUGCAGUCCGGGGUCAAGACAAACAGCAGAGGAUGUGGAUACACGGCAGAGCCAAGACCUUAUCACGCAUGCUGGGUGCAACAUGCAGCGUCGUAAUAGAAGGCAUGCACCACGAGCGCUUGAUGCUGGACAAUGCAAUCUCCUUGGAGAUGGAGGGUCCGCAGACUGUCGCUGGCACUGGCCGAACAUUCAACGCCCUGGCAUCUGCUGGUCAACUCGCCCACAUGCGGCAGCUGAAGAAACUUCUGCGAGAAGAUAGGAGGUAUGAUGCAUAUGUCAAUGUCGCUAAAGCCUUUACUCACGCUCAAGGCUGGCAGGAUUCAUUGGACCUCACUCAGGACCUUCGUGAUGCUGCAUUGCCCCUGAAGCUGGACCAGCUUGAACAGGUUAUGGCAGCCAGCAGUGCAGCAGCUCGUUGGCGAGAGGCAAAGAAAAAAGCGAAGAAGGAAUCCAAAAAGGCAAAGAAAUUGGCCAAGCAAAUUAAGAAGCUGGAAGAUGAGGUGGAACGCAGAAAAAGACAGAUGAAUGGUGAAGUGCAGGAGAAAAAGAAGAAAAAGAAGAAGGACUCAUCGUCGUCCAGCUCAACGCAAUCGGCAAAGAAGCUCAAGAAAGAUCUUAAUCCAGAAGCCGGUCAUGAAGAUCAGGACCAGCAGGCAGCCAAAGUCGUCCGACCGUGCCCGCAGUGCAGCGAGGAGAUGCUGUGGAGCAAUUUAGCAGAAGGAGGCUACUCAGAGGACUGGUGGUGCGACAAUAUCCACGAAUGUGGGUCCUCUGGUUCCAAGUCGCGAACAAGGUGGCGAUGGAACUGCCAGAAAUGUACUCGUGACUUGUGCCGAGAAUGCAAGGGGCUCCCAGAAGGAUGGAUUGAGAGCGAGGAACCACAGGAACCACAGGAACCAGCACAGCUCUCUGAGUCCUCCUCUGAAGAGUCAAAUCCUGAACGACAUGAGGGUGCCGAGUGUGAUCACUGCGAGAUGUGUCCAAUCAUCGGAGCACGAUUCAAAUGUACCAGUUGUGAAGAUGUGAGCCUGUGCCGGACAUGCUACAAAAGGCGCUUGGAGGUGCACAAGCCCGGGCACCGCUUUUUUGCAAUGAAGCCGCUUGGGGUGCCAUCAGAUGCCACUGAAAAGCUGAAGGAGAGGAAGAAGCUGGAGAAAGAGAAACAGGAAAAGAUGGAGAAACAGAAGGAGGAAGAGAAAGAAAUGAGAUAUCAAAGACUCCAUCAGACUCAGGGCAUGCAAGGUCAUGUGCAGCCGUACGAAAGUCGACACAUGAUGGGGGCUAUGGGCGACAGCGAACAGCACCAGUCAGAGAUGUAUGCGACCGGCUUUCACAUGGCACCUUCGUUCUUACCGAUCCAUUUUGCACCACCUGUGCAGCCAACUGAUGCACCCGAAGUGGCAUCGAAGUUACAGGAGAGGUGGCAAAAUAUUGGCCAGGAGUAUAAGAAAAGCUGGCAGGGUCCACAAGAAACAGCGGCAGAGCCCAAGAAGACAAAAGAGCAGAAAGCGAAAGAUGCCAAAGUAGAGCCGGCCACAAGAGUUGGCAAGCAGCUUCUUCGUGGCUCAAAAUGUGGACUUUGCCUUCAACAGGUGUUGGACUCCGCCAGCGGGGUCGUGUGUUCGCGCAAGAGGCCUGAUGGUUCCAACGGAGGAUGUGGCAAAGGUGUUUGCUUUCCGUGCAUGCUGCGAGCAUCAUCCAUGAUGUUUGGAAAGGUACGGAUUACCAAAGAGAUAUGGGUUACUCUUUCUGACAAAGCUUGGUGGAUGCAUGAGCGUUGCAUGGCUGAGAAUGACCACUCGGACUUUGAAGACUUGAUUCAGUCUUUUGGUUUGAAGGCGAAGCUGGACGAAGCCAGCGCAGAGCUCCCGCAAGGGUGGACGAGGAAGAUUUCGCACACAACCGGGAAGGUUUUCUUCGUAAAUGCAAAGCUCGGGCAAGCGCAGUGGGAUUUACCGACGCGAGACGUGGAAGCAUCUCCAGAUGCAGGUGACAAAUCCCAAGAAGACCAUGAUCAUGGAGUAGCCAACGGAAAUCAGAAAGUCGAAGACAUGGAUGUCACUGGUGGAAAUGAACAGGCUGGGGAUCAAGAGGAGCUCGUGGAGUUGUGA